AGCUUUCUGUCCUGCCCCUGUCUCUCUCUUUCUCUGCUUGGCUCUUGGUGCCAUCUCUGGCUUCCGUGGACGACAAAAAUGACAAGUUAUACAGAUAAAGGGCAGAAGCCUGAAAGGGGCCGGUUCCUCCACUUCCAUUCUUUGACGUUCUGGGUUGGAAAUGCAAAGCAGGCCGCCUCGUUUUAUUGCAACAAAAUGGGGUUUGAAGAAUUCGCCUACAGAGGCUUGGAAACGGGUAGCAGAGAGGUGGCGUCGCACGCGGUCAAGCAGGACAAAAUUAUAUUUGUCUUCUCCUCCGCUCUCAAUCCUGGAAAUCAAGAAAUGGGAAAGCACUUAGUGAAACACGGGGAUGGCGUCAAAGAUAUUGCCUUUGAAGUGGAGGACUGUGAUUCCAUUGUGCAGAAAGCGAGAGAACGUGGAGCCAUAGUCGUGAAAGAACCCUGGAUAGAGGAAGAUAAGCACGGGAAGGUGAAAUUUGCCAUUGUUCAGACGUACGGAGACACGACACACACACUCCUAGAGAAGAUGGACUACAAGGGGCUUUUCCUGCCAGGGUUUGAGCCCCCCCUCUUCAAGGACCCAAUGCUAAGAAGGCUGCCAUCUGGAAAGCUGAAUUUCAUUGACCACGUGGUGGGCAAUCAGCCGGACCAGGAGAUGGCUCCCGUGGCAGAAUGGUACCAGAGACAUCUCCUGUUCCACCGUUUCUGGUCUGUGGACGACAAACAGUUGCACACGGCCUUCAGUGCUCUCCGGUCUAUUGUAGUGGCCAAUUAUGAAGAGACCAUUAAAAUGCCCAUUAACGAGCCGGCUUUGGGGAAGAAGAAGUCUCAGAUCCAGGAAUACGUUGACUAUUACGGAGGCGCUGGAGUCCAACACAUCGCUCUGAAUACCUCAGACAUUAUUACUUCGAUCACAAACCUGAAAGAACGUGGCAUGGAGUUCAUGUCUGUUCCAUCCACCUACUACCAGCAACUUCGAGAGAGGCUGAAAUCGGCCAAGAUCAAAGUGAAGGAGAACAUUGAUAAACUGGAGGAACUCAAAAUCCUAGUUGACUUUGAUGAGAAGGGAUAUCUCCUCCAGAUCUUCACAAAGCCUGUUCAGGACAGGCCGACAGUCUUCCUUGAGGUCAUACAGCGCUACAACCACCAGGGAUUUGGUGCUGGAAACUUCAAAUCUUUGUUUGAAGCUAUUGAAGUGGAUCAGGAUGCCCGGGGAAACCUCACCUUCCUGACACCCAAUGGAGAAUCAGAUGUUAUGUAAGACUCAGCACCAAAGGGGGCAGUUAUAUUCCAGAAGUGGAAUGUGGAUACAAAAGGAAGCAGGAGAAAUCCUCUCAGUUAAACCUUUGCCAACACCAACGAAAGGGUCUUUUUUCUUUUCUUUUCUUUUCCGUUGAAUAAAGACAUUCAAAGCAUGGA